CCCGCCUCCGAACCAUCGCCAGCACGAACGCGUCGACGUCGACGCCGAGCCCGACGACAACAACAUCGCCAACGACGGUGGCGGGUCCAACAUAGGCGUUCUGCCCCACAAUGUCCUUGAAACUGGGGUCAAUAACGGUAGCGGCCGCGGCCGCGUCCCCAUCACCUUCUGAGCCGGUCGCGGAGGACGAGGAGUUCUACUCGUCUUGGUCGUUGUUCCUCGUGUGCUGCCUCCUCAUUCUCUCGCUAUGGACGAGCUACUAUCUGCAGAUUAAGCGCAUACGCGCGGUGCACGAGACGCUGGUGUCGAUCUUCGCGGGCAUGGCGGUCGGUCUGAUUGUCAGGUUGGCGCCGGGGACGAUGAUUCGUGAAAUGCUGACCUUCAAGCACACGCUGUUCUUCAACCUGCUACUUCCACCAAUCAUCCUCAACUCGGGCUAUGAGCUCAAGCAGGACAACUUCUUCCGCAACUUUGGCUCGAUCCUGACCUUCGCGUUCUUGGGGACAUUCAUCUCCGCAGUCGGCGUUGGUGUCCUAGUCUACAUAUACUCCUUCCUCGGCCUCGAGCACCUCGACCUCACGCUGAUCGAAUGUCUCAUCUUCGGCUCGACCCUCUCAGCCACCGACCCCGUCACCAUCCUCGCGAUCUUUAACCAAUAUAAGGUCGACCCCAAGUUGUACACGGUCAUCUUUGGCGAGAGCUUGCUGAACGAUGCUGUCAGUAUCGUCAUGUACGAGACGCUAUCGCAGUUCCAUGGAUCAGAAGUCUACCUAGGAUCCAUAUUCCACGGCAUCGGCAUCUUCCUGCUGUCCUUCUCCGUAUCAAUGGCCCUCGGCGUCGCCUUCGGCCUGGCAAUGUCGCUGCUCCUCAAGCACUCCGCCCUCACCCACUACCCCCAAAUCGAGUCCUGCCUGGUCGCCCUGAGCGCAUACACCUGCUACUUCUUCUCGAAUGGGUGCCAGAUGUCCGGCAUUGUAUCCCUGCUGUUUUGCGGCAUCACCCUCAAGCACUACGCGUACCAUACCAUGUCCCGCCGCACACAGCGCGCGACGAAGUACAUAUUCGCCACCCUCGCUCAGCUCUCGGAGAACUUCAUCUUCAUCUACCUCGGCCUUGCGCUCUUCACCAGCGCGCCAGUGUCAGAGCCCGUGGGCCACUACGUCAAGCCGCUGUUCAUCACCAUCACGGUCGUCUCGGUUGUCUUCACGCGAUACGCCGCUGUCUUCCCGCUUUCCGAAGCUAUCAACUUCUUCCAUCGACAUGCACGCGGGCAGAGACAAGAGGAACUGCCACACUCGUACCAGAUGAUGCUCUUCUGGGCAGGCUUGCGCGGUGCCGUCGGCGUUGCGUUGGCGGCUGGCUUCCAGGGCCCGAAUGCGCAGAUCAUGCGCACUACCGUGCUGGCUGUUGUUGUGCUGACGGUGCUCAUGUUCGGCGGCACGACCGCACGCAUGCUCGAGGUCCUCGGCAUUCGCACUGGCGUGGAGGAUGAUAGCGCAAGUACCGACGAGGAGGAAGAGAUUCCGAACCGACAGUGGCUGGGCCGACGCUCCUUCAGCGGCAGCCGCGCAUGGCCGCGCUACGCCGACGACGAACCUAGCUACCUUGGCUCUCCCCGCCCCUCGACAUCUCGCUACGCCCAACCCUACAAUCACCAAAACGCACCCAUGCCUACAUCAACAUCCGCGCCGAACCCCACAGCAACAAUUUUCUCCUCAUCCUCCGAAAGCCUCGACUCCGACGUCGGCGAGGUCCUCCCGCUCGCAUCUACUGCAGAGCGUGAUCGCCUCCCGCCGUCCGCGUCCGCACCCGCCUCCCCCGGCGGCGCCAACUCGCGCCGCGGGAGCGAGGACAGCAAGUGGUUCCAGGCGCUCGACGAGCGGUACCUGCUGCCUAUAUUCUCGAACGCGACCGCGAGCCGCACGUUCCACGCGCGGCGGCAGCGGCGCGCUGACGCGGGGCACGACCUGGAGGAGGGGGAGGAGAUGGGGGAGGAGAUGCCGCCGGAGCCGGCGCCGGGGGGCCAGGUGGCGGCGGUGAUGGACGAGAGCAGGAUGGAGCGUGGGUUGCCUUCGCCUUCGUUGAGGAACAUUGCGUUCAUGGACAACAGGUCCGGGUGAUGUGCGGUAUCCGGGCUCGGUGGAGGAGGCGGUGUGGAGGGAUGGGCAGGCGAAGUAGGGUAUGCGGCGAGUAGGGGAGAUUCCUGCAGCCUUUUUGUGAGCUGCCCGGGCGAUAUGCAGGAGCGGUUUGAGGUAUAACUUUAUUGCCUUGGUGCUUCAAGUAAUAGAUGCUCUUUGGUAGAUCUGUCUAAUCAAUGCGAAUACGGAUGGCAUGCACAGUAGGAUAGCAGAGCUCGUGCCUCGAAGGGUGUGAGUUUGUUAGCAUGCUUGCAUAGCCGUGUACAAACGGACAUCUGUUUUCGCACUUGUCAUUACAUACCCAGACUUGGCUGAACGCUGUGUCAUGAGGUUUAUCUCAAUUCUGCAAAGGUCUUGAGAAGAUGGAUG